AUAUUUUAUUGUAGUCGAGGAAGAGAGUCACCAAUUUCUUCAUCUGACGUGAGAACAAUCGGUCUGACAAUGAGAUAUAUCAAGAUGCUCAUCAUGAUGCUUAUGGUGCACAUUGCAAUGAUCCAGUUCGUUGAGUCAGCUGUUGAUACCUUCAAUGGCGAGAAAAAAUCAGAGAAGGAAAAUGAAGGAAUGGACCCGACCGAUUUAAAAGAGGAAAAAGAUGGAGCAUUUUAUGCUAAUGCCCCUAAAAUAGGUCCCGAAGUUGAUGAUCAUCGUCCGAAUCCUGAUGACCCUCGACUACGCAUUCAACCUCCCAGUGGUGUCGGCAUUCCACAACCUCCCGUGCCUCACGAUCGUCUUCCGAAAACUGGCGGCCUUCCCCACCUCCCGUAUCUCGCGGUCGUCGUCCGAAUACUGGCGGCAUUCCACAACCUCCCGUGCCUCACGAUCGUCUUCCGAAAACUGGCGGCCUUCCCCACCUCCCGUAUCUCACGGUCGUCGUCCGAAAACUGGCGGCAUUCCUCAACCUCCCGUAUCUCACGGUCAUCUCGCAAAUGCGUGAGAUAUAUCCUAAACCUCCUGAUGUUGACGGCAAACGUGAAACGAGUGAAUGAACAUUCUGUUUAUUUAAAGUUUACUUCUUAACAUCAAUAUCUUAGCUGAUGAUGAUCUGAAGGAGAUUUCUUUUCCAUUUUAUUCUUUUUAAGUAAUUUGUUUUAAUUAAUAAGUUAAUAAAAAUGUUUGUUAUGAA